AUGGCAGUGGUUACUUAUACGCUGGAGUAUGCGGAUGAUAUACUCAUACUAAUAACGGACAAAUUUGAGGCUACUCUGUGCAGACUGAUGAUGCAUCAGCUCACUCUUAGAAUAACCGAAGAAUGGUGCUCGUACUGUGAAGCUAGCGAAGCGAAAUAUGUGACAAAGAGGUACAAUAAAAACCAAUUAGUGCGUAAAAACGAUAACAAAAGAGGGUUGCAAAUGCAUCAGUCCUUAAAGAAAGAAGUCGAUUGGGGUGGCGGAUGCGCUGAUGAUAAAAACACCAGAGAAAGUCCUUCAGAUUAUGCAAGACAUCCGCACGAUCCGUCGUUAAAAAAAGAAGUGGACUGGGGAGGUGGUGCGACCGAAGACAAGAAGAGUUCCAUAGAAAACUACUCGGAGUAUUCAAGACAUCCUCAUGAUUCGGAUCUCGAUCGUGGAGAUGACGACUCGCCUCGACUUUAUCCGUGUAUGUACUGUGGAGCUUCGUUUCCACACCAAAGCAAGUUAACGAGACACAUACUAUCUCAUAGUUUAGAAACGUUAAAGUAUCGCGAACAACUGCAACAUCCCACGAGUUUAAAUUUACCGGAACCCUUGCACCUGAUGGAAUCGCACUUUAGUGGUAGGGUUCCGAUCUCGCAUUUAGAGGCAGCGGAAGCCACGGACCAUCCGUCGACGCCAAUGGACUUGGAGCUAUCUGGUGACGGUGCGGGUGUUGUAUUGUGUAAAUUUUGUGGUAAAUCUUUUCCCGAUGUAAGUUCUUUAAUUGCUCAUUUGCCGGUGCAUACAGGAGACCGACCGUUUAAAUGUGAAUUUUGUGGGAAAGCUUUCAAACUUAGGCAUCAUAUGAAAGACCAUUGCCGCGUGCACACAGGUGAAAGGCCGUUUCGAUGUGCUCUAUGCGGUAAAACUUUUUCGCGUUCGACCAUACUAAAAGCGCACGAAAAAACACAUUUUCCAAAAUACGUUCGAAACUUCUUAUCACCGAGCCCUUUGGACGCGAAAGAAGAAAGCCCACACUAGUGCCCUCAAUAUAGUUCCUUAGACUGAUGCUUUAUAGUUAAGCUUAUGUACUAUAUUAGUUAAUUAUAAAUAACAAACACAUAUUAUUGUACAAUAUUAUAUUAAAUUGUUCACCAAAUUUUUUAUAAUACAUUUGUCACAUUAGCAAUCACUUAAUAACAGUAGUCGGGUAGCCCGCCAGAGUGUAGCCAUUAAAAGUUAACUAAAAUGAAAUAUUUAUACCUUAUUAAAGGGCAACUGUAAGAGCUGUGAUAGAAUUAACUUAUAAGUGUUUUCGGCAAGUGCUAACUGUGAUGCGAGUCAGAGGAUUUUCGGGCUACCAGGCUUUAAAUAUUCAUUUGUUAGAUAGAAAACAAAUUGUAAAUUUGUAUAAUGAUCUUCCAUGAAAUUAGAUGAGCUAGCAUUCCAUCAGGUUAGCUUCUUUAAAUUGUAUUGGUAUUUUUUGUAACUUAACGUCUCCUGGCAGUAUUAUUGUACAGGGAUGGACUAGGAUAGACCCUGGCAGUAUUUCAAUUGCUAAUCUUUGUUUAGUUGGUUACCUUCAGUACACAGUGCUCACCGCGUAUCAUUUGUUUUGUGCACUACAUGGUUAAACAAAGCUGACCACUGACCUGAGCGCAGUGCCAUCCUUAAAGCAAUACUGCGGCAUUCUAUGUUCCUUUAGAGUUAUAAAGAUUGUUUAUUGUAGAAUUAUAGCAAUAAUAGAAAUAAUAUAUGGAUAUCCAUACUUUUAGCCAUAAGUUUUUAUUAACUGCUUUUUUGUUUCCUAUGUGAAGAGUAUAUUUAUUAUACCUUAAUAGAGAGAUAUAUAUCGUUGUGUAUAGGUGAAUGUAGUGGUAGAAUAUUUAUUUCUUCAUCAAAAUGUAGUUGACUAGUAUCAAAAUCCUGUGGCCUAAGUCGGCUAGAGGCCAGUGGUCAGCCACACACAGGGUAAAAAUAGUUGGUUAUCAACAAAUUGGCUGUAUCAGACGUAAACAUAAAAUCGUUCUGUUAAAGUAAAUCGCAGAAGAGCGCAGUUAAAUUUUUAUUUAGCUUUUGCCACACAUUUUUUACAUACGCUGGCAUUUCAAGUCGAACUAAUUUUGUUUUAGAAAUAUGAUUCCUACAUUACAUAUUAUUGUACAGUUUAAAGUAUUUUAGGGUCUCAAUACUGAACGGCCAAUUUUAAUCACCAGCUAUAAUUUACUUUUUCUUGGUGAAAACGUAAUCAUUAAAUUAAGAGGGAAUGAUGCAACAGGAGUGCCUACCCGUAUAAGACUUCGAGUCUUUUUUAUCCGUUUUAUUCAAACAUGUAAGUUAUAGAUGGUGCUAAAAGUUUUAGUAGUAGUAAGAAGGCAGUGUUAGUGAGAUUUUAUUCAAUGUUGAUUUGUCUUAUAAAAUUGUACUUACGUUGUGAUUUAGUAUUUAUUUCAGUUUUUACUAGUUUUCUUUGACUGGUAUUCAGUGUACUAGUUCUGCGUAAUGGAGAAAAAUUGCAUCGGCAGUUCGAUUAACUGUUUUGAGAGAUUGUGACUGAUGUACUACACUCAGAAACAAGGCGGUUUCUAAAUUUGAUGAUUUCAAAAAUAUUUUGCUCGAAGUAGAAAGGGUUGAAUUAAUUGCAGAUAUAUAAUCUGUGAUAGUCUGUGAUGAAACACAUAUUCAUUUUUACUAAUAUGUUGUGUGGAAUUAACUUUUUUCUAUCAUUUUUUUGUGUUUUUAAUAUAAUCAAGAAAUAUAAAUAAAAUACUCCUAACAUGGAUGUGGAAAUUAUGAAAUUUACAACAUAUACAAUAGCAAAUUGAAUAGUUGUGAUUACUUUCAAUUCCUUUAAUAGAAUUAAAAUUUUAAAUAAUGUAAACAAGCUAAAUAAUAUCUCUUGCUAAUAUACAGCAGUGCACAUAUUCAGAUAAAUAACUGUUGUAACAGAUUCAGUUGGAAAUGGUUAUGUAAGUUUAGUUAAUAAUUAGGUACCCAUUUUCUGGUAGCUCAGGGCCACUCACUUCCAGUAUCACUAGAAUAUGUAAUUUACAAUACAAUAGAUAUAGAUACAGUUGUUAAAGUUGACGUGUUACACAUUGAUUGUUGUUGUCUGUACUGAACGGUUUUGCCUUUAGCCACAAUAUUGAAUUGAUUGUAUUCUUGCCAAGCAAUUUUAACUAUUGGAAAAUAAUCGACGAUUUAUUGGAUUGUUAAGGUUUUGCAGUUAAACGUAUAGUUAUAUUUUUAUAUUACUUUUAAAUAGUGUUGAAUUGUGCUAUCACCGAUUAAAAUUGUUUUUUGUGCAUAGAUUUAUUUUUUAUGUUCCAGUUCCAGGGUUUUCAAUGGUGGUCAAAUAUAAACAAAGCUUUAAAUAAGAAUAAUAGUAGUACUCCAUACACAUAAUUUAUCACGGAUUUGUUUACACAUAUUCUAUAAGUGUCUUAUUAUACAGAAAAGGAAUGUGUAACAUGUUAACAGAUCUAGUUCCGAAUUUUUAUACAAAUCAUUUAGUACAGAUUUAUACCACACAUAGAUUUUAAUACAAUAGCUCCGGGAAUCAUUUACAAAUAAAUGUAACUGUAUUGAGUGCCAAUUAACUACCAACUUAAUCAUUAAUUGUUAAGUUUUCAUAAUAAUAUUUCACAUCAAUAUUAAUAAAAUGUUACAUUGA